AUGGAUCUGCAGACCUUCGUGCUGAGGGUGACCAUCCACUGCCAUGGCUGCAAGAAGAAGGUCCGGAAGGUGCUCAAGAGCGUCGAAGGCGUGCAGGACGUGAAGGUGGAUGCCCAGCUGCACAAGGUGAUGGUGACCGGCACCGUGGACGCCGAGACGCUCAUCAAGAGGCUCAACAAGUCUGGCAAGCAGGCCCUGCCAUGGCAACACACGCCUGCCAAGAAUCCCGACCCUGCGCCAGCCGACGCCCCCGCGCCGGCCGAGGACGGCAGCAAGGAUGCUGCUGUGGCCGACAAGAAGCCGGCGGAGGAGCCGCAGGCCGACAGCUCAGACAAGAAGCCGGAGCAGGAGACGGCCUCGGAGAAGAAGCCGGAGCAGGAGACGGCCUCGGAGAAGAAGCCUGAGACGGAGAAGGAAGCAGAGUCUGAGAAGAAGGCUGACAAGGAGGAGGCGAAACCAAGCGACGAGGCAAAGAAAGACGGCGGCGAGGGCGCGGCGGCCGAGCCCAAACCCAAAGCAAAGGGCACCGAGCCCGCCGCCGCUGCAAAGGAGGCCGGCGAUGACGAGGGCGAGGCGAAGAAGAAACAGAGCAAGCCCAAGGACGCGGAUAGGUCCCUGGCCCCAGCGCCGGCGCCGGCCCAUGCGCCGAGGUACGCGCACCAGGAAUUCAACGCGCCGCAGCCGGUGAUGAGCUACAACAUGGCGCAGCCGAGAGCGAGCGUGUCCCACUACGCGCCGCAGCCGGAGCAGGGCUACUCGCAGCAGCAGCAGGCCGGGUACUCCUCCUCCUCCUCCAUGAUGGUGACGCAGCACCCACCGCCACCGGCGCAGCAGGCCUACUCCCAGCAGGCGCAGCCAAUGCAGCAAUGGUCGCCGUCCUACCUCUACAUGCCGUACCCGCACGCGUCGCCGGAGUCCUACUACCAGGACUACUACAGCCCGCCCGGGACGCACGCGUCGCCGCCGCCCCCGCCGCCGCUCCAGGACUCGUACCGCCUAUUCGACGACGAGAACCCCAACUCGUGCAGCGUCAUGUGA